GUUAAUUUCAUUUUCAUCCUUUCCUUAAAAUAACUCUUCUCAGUCGGAUGCAAAAAGGGUCAUCGUUCUGUUUAUUUUCAGAUGGGAACGUAUCAAUCUUCCACAUAUAAUGUGCUUAAUGCUAACAACAUGUUGAACUAAUUACAUCGCUGCCAUGUUUAUAAUUAUACACACUUCGUUACCUAUUCAUAUUUUGUUUACUAGUACUUUUGUAUGAGUACAAAUCUGUGGGUUGUAUUUUAUUCUAAAUGACACAAUAUAGUUGUAUUCGAAGGAUUGAGAAUGAACAGCAGCAUGCAUUUACCACUGCCGUCCAUUAAAGGGACUCCACUAAGGUUUAAAAGCCUAAAACAUAAAAAUAUGUAAUAUAUGACAUCAAAGCAGGAAAGAUGAUCUUGUCUAACCUUGGGUUUAAAAACUUCAAUCAACACCAGGUGUCAAAACCAUCUCACCUGCUGGAACUCAGGGCAUGCAUAGACUCCAAUUAUUUGAACCCAUUUAGUUUCCUGUCACGAUCACGCAUGCGCCGUGUUAAACCGUGGCUGCAAUUCUGAUGCUUCAACCCUUAAAGUCAUAAGGGGAGAAUAUUAUUAUAAGAUUUUAAAGCUUAUACCAGUUAAAGGGCCUAUGAUUAUAAUUAUCUAAAUUGGUCUUGACCUUGUUUAAAACUACAUGUACAUGUAUAUAGAUUUGUAGUUGUCUUAUAAUUAUGUACAAAAAAAUGGGCCUCUGGGACUUAGUGGGUAAGUUUGUUGACUUGAAAUCAGUUACUUUCACUGUUGUACAUGUAUGUUUGAGUUAUGCCAGUAAUAAAUGAUGUUUUUUGUAUUAACAUUUUGCCUAUGAAUUAGGAUGAAGUGGUAGCAGCUCAUUGUGUCAAGUUUAGUUCUGAUGGUAACACGAUAUACUGUGGUUUCAACAAGAUGAUCCGAGUGUUUGAUGUUACCAGACCAGGGAGAUAUUUUGAAAGUAGACCAACAUUUGCUAAGGAAGGACAGAGGGGUAUUAUAUCAUGUAUUGACAACAGUCCAACAGAGCAAGGCCUGUAUGCUGCAGGAUCGUACUCUAGAAGUAUUGCCCUAUACAGUGAGCCAGCAGGGUCCAUGGUGUGUAUGUUUGAAGGUCAACAUGGUGGGGUCACGGAGGUCAAGUUCUCUCCAGAUGGUACAAAACUCUACAGUGGUGGAAGAAAGGACAAUAGGAUUAUAUGCCGGGAUAUGAGAAAUCCAGGACAAUUAUUAUUCUCUGUACUUAGAACUGUUAUUACUAAUCAAAGAAUUUUCUUUGAUAUUACCAGUGACAGUAAAUAUUUGUUGUCUGGAUCUCACGAUGGUACUGUUCUUAUCUGGGAUACUACAAGUGCCCCUGUACAGCUUAACGUUCAUUCUGACCCGGUUAUACAGCCGGUAAUGGCAUUUGAGGGGCACAGUGAUACAGUUAAUGGAAUCAGUUUACAUCCAACCUUGCCAGUGAUAGCAACAGCUUCCGGACAACGACAUUUUCGCUCGUUCAACAACGAUGAUGAUGUCAUCGAGAUCGAUGAAACAUCGACUAAAAUUGACAACAGUUUACGACUCUGGUG